GGGCCUCCCGCCUCCCUCCACACGUGGCGUCGCCGCUCCCACCGCGCUGAUCGCUCCCCCGUGCUGCCGCCAUGGCUCCCGGCCAGCUCGCCUUAUUUAGCGCCUCGGACAAAACCGGCCUUGUGGAGUUUGCCAGAAGCCUGGCGUCUCUGGGCUUGAACCUCGUCGCUUCCGGAGGGACCGCAAAAGCUCUCAGGGACGCUGGCUUGGCGGUCAGAGAUGUCUCUGAAAUAACAGGAUUUCCUGAAAUGUUAGGGGGCCGUGUGAAAACCCUACAUCCUGCAGUCCAUGCUGGAAUUCUGGCUCGUAAUAUCCCAGAAGAUAAUGUCGACAUGUCCCGACUUGAUUUCAAUCUUAUAAGAGUUGUGGCCUGUAAUCUGUAUCCCUUUGUGAAGACCGUGGCUUCUCCAGAGGUGACUAUUGAGGAGGCUAUUGAGCAAAUUGAUAUUGGUGGAGUAGCCUUGUUGAGAGCUGCAGCUAAAAACCAUGCUCGAGUAACAGUGGUGUGUGAGCCAGAGGACUAUGUGGCAGUGUCCACAGAGAUGAAAAGCUCUGACAGUCAUGACACAUCCUUGGAGACAAGGCGCCAGUUAGCUUUGAAGGCCUUCACUCUCACAGCACAAUAUGAUGAAGCAAUUUCAGAUUACUUGAGGAAACAGUACAGCAAAGGAAAAUCUCAGAUGCCCCUGAGGUAUGGAAUGAACCCUCAUCAGACUCCUGCCCAGCUGUACACCCUGAAGCCCAAGCUCCCCAUCACAGUUCUGAAUGGAUCCCCUGGGUUUAUAAACCUAUGUGAUGCUCUGAAUGCUUGGCAGUUGGUAAAGGAGCUCAAAGAAGCCUUAGACAUCCCAGCUGCAGCCUCCUUCAAGCAUGUCAGCCCCGCAGGCGCUGCUGUUGGAGUUCCACUCAGUAAAGAUGAGGCCAAAGUCUGUAUGGUCUACGACCUCUAUGACACUCUGACACCUGUGUCAACUGCAUAUGCAAGAGCAAGAGGGGCUGAUAGAAUGUCUUCAUUUGGUGACUUCAUUGCAUUAUCUGAUGUUUGUGAUGUCCCCACUGCAAAAAUUAUCUCAAGAGAAGUUUCUGAUGGUAUUAUUGCCCCAGGAUAUGAGGAAGAAGCCUUAAAAAUACUUUCUAAAAAGAAAAAUGGAAACUACUGUGUUAUUCAGAUGGACCAAUCUUAUAAACCAGAUGAAAAUGAAGUUCGAACUCUCUUUGGUCUUCGUUUAAGCCAGAAGAGAAACAAUGGUGUCAUCAACAGGUCAUUAUUCAACAACAUCGUUACCAAAAAUAAAGAUUUGCCAGAGUCUGCCUUCAGAGACCUCAUCGUAGCUACUGUCGCUGUCAAGUAUACUCAGUCUAACUCCGUUUGCUAUGCCAAGAACGGGCAGGUGAUUGGCAUUGGAGCUGGACAGCAGUCUCGGAUACACUGUACACGCCUUGCAGGAGAUAAGGCAAACAAUUGGUGGCUUAGACAUCAUCCACAAGUACUUUCCAUGAAGUUUAAACCUGGGGUGAAGAGAGCAGAAAUCUCCAAUGCCAUCGAUCAGUAUGUAACUGGCACCAUCCAUGAGGGGGAAGGCUUGGUGAAGUGGAAGGCACUGUUUGAGGAAGUCCCUGAGUUGUUAACAAAGGCGGAGGAGGAGGAGUGGAUUGACAAACUAACUGGCGUUUCUCUCAGCUCGGAUGCCUUCUUCCCUUUCAGGGAUAAUGUAGACAGAGCUAAGAGGAGCGGUGUGGCCUACAUUGCAGCUCCCUCCGGUUCUGCUGCUGACAAGGUUGUAAUUGAAGCUUGCGAUGAACUGGGAAUCAUUUUGGCUCAUACAGAUCUCCGGCUCUUCCACCACUGAUUUUACUCCCUAUUAUUUCAUGGUUAGUUUGUGUGUAGGUGAAUAAUCAUGUGUGAAAUUUUGAAAGAAUCAUUUAAAAAAUAAAAUAACAUCUUCAUGGUUGGGUCCAUA